GUUUCAUUGUGCUUGUUUUAUUUUCCUUACUAUCGCAAAAUCUAGCUACCCGAAUAAAAUACUACGUUGGCAACAACGAUCGACGAUCUUCCGUUGGAAAGGUAGCGGCUACUUUUGGAUGGUCACGACUUACUGCAUUUGACUGUGACGAUGGAGAUGACGAGCAGUUCGACGCAACGUGAUAUUCUUAAGAGUGAACUCAAGGAACUUGAAAAAUGGGUAAAGCAGUCUGUAAACUUGGAUUCUGCGCACAAUUCCCAAAUCUUGUCUGUAAAAAUGCAUCUGGAAGAAUUAAAGGAGGAUAAAAUGGCAGCGUUAGAGUGGUCUUAUGGAACAGUGCUUGUGAUGCAUCUUUGUCAAGAUAAUUUCAGUGAUUCGCCUGUACUUGAGAUAAUCUUGACUAAGUUAGUUAGGAACUUUUAUUUAAUUAGAAAUCCGCCUGAGAAAAUACUAUUAAUUAAAAUCUGGAAACAUUUUGUAAGGAACAACCUUCUUGUACCAUUUUUACUACCUACACCAGAAAAGGACUCUAAGCUAUUCAAAAGAUUUGUGAAGCAUUGUUUUGAAUCUGUCAGCAAGAGUCUAUUAGACCAAAGUGUAGCACUUGAUAUGGUUGUGACAGGUACUGUCACUUGUAUAGUUGAUCUUAUUGAGCAUCCAUCAUCAUCAUCAUCCUUAAAUAAUAUUUUAGAUUUACUUUUUAUGGAACUUGUGGAACCUUCAUGCUCAAUUUCUAAAAAUGCAGUGGAAAUUGUGUUGAGAACUUGUGGCUGGAAGGUGAAGGAUGCUAUAAGAAAUAGGUUAAACCCGGUCCUUCUGCAAACUGGUGAUAAUCCCUACUUAUCAUUGGAUCAUGUGUACAAAGUGAUUUUUGAAUUGGUGUCCAUUGAAAAAUAUUUAGUGUUAGGCUUCAUCAAUAACACAGAACUUUGCUUUAUGCCUGGAAGAGAAGAUCACGAGGCUGGUCUGAAAUUUUUCUGCGAAUUAUUUGGCUCAAAAUCUACAGUGGGACCAGACUUCUACACAACAUUGUGGAAUAACUUCUUAGUUCAUUGCAGAGAGAUAAUUACAUGUGAAUCUCAACUUCUUAUUCUCGGGAAGCACACUUGUAGUAUCCUUGGUCAGCCAGCUGCUCGUAUGGACUGGUGCAGUUUGUUGGCAUUUUUCUUUGAACAUGUUCUGGAUUUGAAAGUGGAAAUUUCUUUUGUAACUGGAAUGACAGACGCAUUGUUACAAUAUUAUUCCCAAGACAUUGAGCCCUUGAUGGAGCUUUUUAAAAAGCUAUUGACUCCUAAUACCAUCUAUGAGCGAUUUGACCAAGCGAGAGAGAUACUUAUCCUAAAAAUGGCUAAGGCCUAUAAACUUAUUGCUGGAGCAGGAGUAGAGAACUUGACUCUGCUGAAAAAUCGUGAAAUUUCCUGCCAACUUAUUUCCUGUUUUCUUGGUACCUGCAGUUCAUUCACCCCACCCAAUGAAGAUUGGGUUUUACUCCGCAAAAUCUUUGUCAAGCAUCUGGUGCCAUUAGAUUUUCCUGCUGAAAAACGCAUGAAAAUGCUCUUGUACUUGUGGAUUAAUUCUGAAGGCAAAUGGAGUGUAUUUCAUGAACUAUUUUUGAAAAUCAAACGAGCUCGGAGCAGGGUACAUAAUAUUCUAUACAUCAUGAAGGAUAAAGAUACAUUUACUCUCCAUAACAUGCAUCUUCAUAAGCAAAAAUGUGAACUAGACUUUUACCUUGUGCAUGGAAAGACAUACUGCCAUUAUGCAACUAAAACUCUUGGAGCAGCCCUGGGUGCUUCUCCUAAAUUACGGCUUUUGCUAACUAAUUUGGUAUCAAAAAAUAUAACUUGUGAAGAUGGACCCAUGCUUUCUAAAGCUGUCAAAAAACUCCUUGUACCACCUGAAAACUAUGAAAAUUGUAAAAUAGUUGACGGACUUCUCUAUUACCUAACAGAAUUGACAAUUGAUGCCAGUGCAAUGAUGAAUCUAGUGUCCUUGGUGAAAUCAUGUGUUGAGGGGCAUGAGAUUGCAUCUUCAAUGAAUUUAAAUCGUCUCCAUGUUGCAAGGACAGCCCUUCAUCUGCUUAACGAAAUCCUGUUUAUGUUGCCUCAUUUGGGAUAUAAUUCUCAUGUUUUGGAUCACAUUCUGCAGUGGGCCCAGUCAAAGAACAGCAGUCUUUCUAUGCUCUCUGUGCGUUGUUUAAAUAGCAUGGCUGAUGUGAAAACUUUAGAUACCCUCCACCACAAUUAUGUAGUGGAAGAGGUGGUACCAUUAUGCGUAUGUAUGAUUAAAAGGGGAUCUAGGAGCCAGGUUAAAGCUGCUAUCCAAUGUCUGGGAAAGCAUGCAUCGCAAAAUCCAUUCCGCAAUGACCUUCUUAAAGAAAUCCUUGCUAUUAUCUCAAGUCAACUUGCUGUGGCGUCUAAAGUGUCAGAGUCUUUUGAAAGAGGGGUCUCAGCGAUUGGACAUUUUGCUUCUGUAUCCCUUUCUGUUCAUUUAAAGGAGGAAGUUGAGCAGAUAUGUACAUCACAUCUGUUACAUCUCAUAACUGGCAGCUCCGAUCAAGAAAUACAAUCUACCUUAGGAUCGCUAGAUUCCUCAUCUAAUAAUUCUUGGAUUGAUUGGCAAGAGCUCUCUAUUGAUAUUCGGAUCAAGUUACAAGCUAUCCGUGCAUUAGGCAGAUGUAUGCGGUAUUGUGGUAGCUCCUCUACAGUCAAAGAUGUUUUAUCUAGCUUGGAGAGAAUUGUAUGUUCACCUACAGAAUGUCUGAUGGAUAACUUAAGAGGUGUAGACAUCGACCGCCUGCGAUAUGAGGCUGCAUGUGCUAUUCUCAAUGUAUUUGAAGUUGAUGUAAAUCACAAAUUUGUUUCUAAGGAAUUACUUCUAGCAUUAUCUCACUUGAUGACAGAUUCAAGAGAGGAAGUAAGAUUAGAGUUUGCAAAGAAGUUAUGCCAGGGCUUGUCACCACACAAAAUCAAAUCAUACAAUAGAGGUCACAAAAGAGGAAAUCUUCCUACUUGCAUGUUAGGGAUUCUGGCAUUAUUAGGCUCAGAUAAAUGGAGAGAGAAAACAGAAACAAGACAGCUAGCAGAGCAAUUACUUCAAGAAGUUUUUGUUUCAAGACAGGUAGAUCGUGGGAGAAAGUGUUUACUGGGAAAAGCAACUUUCCGACAACUAUAUGAAGAGCAACCACAUCUAGUUUUUGAGAAUAUUUUAGCUCUAGCUGUGCCGAUUCUAGCUGAGCACAAUGAUUUCCAGAUAUCUGAAGAUGACGAUGAAUUUGAUGUACAUAUUGAACCACUUACCAAAGCGGCAUACUGUCUAGAAUUUGUAUGUGCAAUGUUAUGUCAUCCAAGUACUUAUGGCGGACAGGUAGAAAAAGUGUACAUGAUGAAUUUAGUAGAUUUUGCUGAAAAUAUGAUGAAUCAACCCUCUUCAGACUCCUUGAAAGUGAAAUAUUUGUUAAUGAUUGAGCUGCUUCGGGUAGUUGUGAAACAUUACAAAAGUUCAAAAGAAGUUGAACUUCUAACACCGAAAAUGGUGUUGCCUCCUCCCUUUUUCCGCGAUGAUAGAGCAGAGCCUCAUAUUCCACGGCAAAAUUUACUUUCAAUUGCCUCAACUAGAUUGAUUGAAAAGACUGUCCAUGAAAUGGCUACUAUUUGCAAUACAAUGGGUGAAAAUGAUGCAUCUGAUGAUGAUGAUGGUAAUGACUCUAUAUCCGCAUCAAGUUUUGAACAAAGCAUGGAGUCUCAGGAAGCUGGCCGCCAAAGAAGUGUCAGUUUUGAUAGUCUAACUGAGUCUUAUAGUCAAGACUUCAAUUUGGGAAAUGCAUUUCACUCCACUCCAUCAUCUUCAGCAGGGCCAGGUGCAAGAAAGCGAAUCAAGAGGCACUGAUGUUAAAUGUUUUAAACUGCUCACACUACGCUUUGGCCUAUAAGUUUGAUUUUUGGUCCUGUUUAAUGUAACAUUCACUAAAUGGAAAUACUGACUUUGUUUCAUACAAAAAUAAAUUACCACAAUACUAAUCAUA